AUGCCGCUGAGCCAAACCUCUCACAUCCAUGAUCAAUACGAGACUGGAAGCCAUCUAAGCAGCCGCACAACUCCCACAUCCGAGCCAGAAAACAGAGCGACCAGCGGCUCAAGAAAGCGUGUACCUGUUGCUUGUGAAAGAUGCCGGAAACGCAAAAUCAAAUGCAGUGGCAACGAAGGUGACAGCCAGGCGUGUGCAAACUGCAAAAACUCGGGUCUAGAGGACUCAUGUCGCUUUCUCCGGGUCUCUUCAGUAGAUCCUAGCCAAUAUAGUCUUCGAGGAUGGCAUGGACCUCCACGAUAUUCCCCGUACUCGCUUCCCACACACCACCGUCUCAAUUAUCUGUCUGUGCCGUCAAGGUGCAGCCAACAGAACACUCUGCAAUAUCACCCUGUCCCUAACGGUAUUGACUAUGGUGGAUACACUAAUCCGAGCCCGAGUGUUGAUUGGGGAAGAGCACAAUAUGUUGCAGCGUACUCGCCAUACCCAGACGACGAAGAAACAAGUCCCUACACCUCCCAGCCGCCCCCAUACAUUCUACCAAACACGGAUCCGAUGUCUUCAAACAACACAUACUAUGCGCAUAGUCUCGGGGUUCGACCAAAUCCUACUUCACUUUGGCCAGAGGCUCAGCAAUUUGUACCACAGUCGAAUUCUCAGGUAACCACCUCGUCAUAUACGAUGCCCAUUGAAGCUCCUCAUUCAUUCCAGACAAUCGGAAUCGUUGGAAACCUCCCAUCGGACCGUAUCUUACCACAUCCCAUCAAUGCACGCUAUGCUUCAACACCGGGCAGUUCAGUUGACCUUCCAAUCACUGCGGUAAACCAACGCAGCCAAGGCUAUUGGCAUGAGGAUAGUGACACACCUGUUCAGCAAAUCCCGUCUCAAGUGGAAUCAAAUGGAGGCCAAGAGCAACACAGCACGCGAGACAAUAUCUCUUACAGAGUCCCGGACAUGACGUACGGCCAGAUGAGUUUAGGUGAAGUACUCUCUGCGACCUCAGUGGCAUCUGGCGACCCGCUUGCCGUGAACGAGUCGCAAGCUCCAGCAACAACGGCUCCAACGGAAGAUACUCUUUCGCAGCACUCAACAUUAGGUGCGGUCUCUCACCAGAGUCUCAAAUCCACUAUGGAGGACCAUGCUGUGACGUACGGGUACAAAAGCUCAGUAAAUGGGCACAGUUCACAGCCGACAAGAACCUCAAGCCAGCCAUUCACCGGGCCAUUCUACGGGCGAGUCAUGGUUCCACAGCGAGAGCCUGGCUCGGAUGAUUGCAGUCCAGACUGUUCCAGCUGUCAGACAACUGAAUCGACUCAGACAUCGGUCACCUCGAUCAGCAACACCUCGUCAACAUAUUGA